AUGACGAUUCCCCCGCGAACGACUCUCAAAGAGUAUCUCGAUAAGAUCACGGACCCGCUAGAAGCGGAGCUGCGGACUCGCUACUGGCUGCCACACAUCACGGAUAUUGAUCCCGAUUCACCGUCGUUCUACUCAACGUUUUGCACAAAGACAAGCUGUCCGCUGCUCCCCCUGGAUAAAGGCGCGUCGUUCGUGGACCACGACACGCACGAGCUGGGCACCACAUCGCUCUUCGUGCACGACAACGACAAAGUGCUGCUCAAGACCGUGAAGUACUCACACCCCAUGACGGCCGAUGCCUCGUCGGAGGAGGAUUGCCAGUUCGUGCAGCACUGGCUGGUGCGAGCGGGGGCGAGGCCGCGCAUCUACUUCAAGCCACAGGACGUGCGCGCUGCUGUCGUGACGUGCGGAGGGCUCUGCCCUGGGCUCAAUGACGUCAUCCGCCAGGUGGUGAUGACACUUAACACGUAUGGAGUGAGUGACAUUCGGGGUAUCAAGUAUGGCUUUCGGGGCUUCUUCGAUUCCUCCCUGCACAUUCCGCUGAACCGAGCGGUGGUGGACAAUAUUCACCUCAUGGGCGGGUCGUUCCUGGGAGUGUCGCGAGGGGGCUCCAACAGCCUUGAUAUCGUUGACUCCAUUCAGAAGGAGGGGAUCAACAUGCUGUUUGUGAUUGGUGGAAACGGCACCCAUGCCGGAGCUCUGGCCAUUCACAAGGAGUGCUACAAGCGCGGGAUGAAGGUGGCGGUGGUGGGGGUGCCCAAGACCAUUGACAACGACAUUCUGCUGCUGGACCAGACGUUUGGCUUCGACACGGCUGUGGAGGAGGCUCAGAGGGCGCUGCACGCCGCGUAUGUGGAGGCGUCCAGCGCGUACAGGGGCAUCGGCAUUGUGAAGCUGAUGGGGCGGCAGAGUGGCUUCAUUGCCAUGCACUCGUCGCUCGCCAGUGGGCAGGUCGACAUGGCGCUUAUCCCCGAGGUGCCGUUCUGUCUGGAGGGCCCCAACGGGGUGCUGCAGCAUUUGGAGUAUCUCCUGGGCCGCCAGGGCCACGCCAUCAUCUGCGUCGCCGAGGGCGCAGGCCAGGACCUGGUGCAAGGGGAGGGCGGCACGGAUGCGUCAGGAAAUCCAAUCCUGUCGGACAUUGGGGUCUUUCUCUUGAAGCAGGUGCGGCGUCAUUUCAAGUCCAUCGGACGGCCAGCAGACGUGAAGUACAUCGAUCCGACGUACAUGAUCCGUGCGUGCCGCGCGAACGCGUCGGACAGCGUCAUGUGCGCAGUGCUGGGGCAGAACGCCGUUCACGGCGCGUUCGCCGGCUACAGCGGCAUCACCGUGGGGUUGGUCAACUCGCACUACGCGUAUAUCCCGAUCCCCGAAGUUAUCAGGCACGCGCGGCCCGUGGAUCCUAACGGUCGCAUGUGGCACCGGUGUCUCACGGCCACUGGUCAGCCGGAUUUUAUUCGGAUACUCUCUACUUCUAUCUUCUGGCACACAACGAGUAAGAUGCUCUCGUUAGCCGACAUUAUGAUGGUCGUUCCUCCUUCUCCAACCCCAGCCAAAAUCCCUCGACGGAGUUCCUACUUCUGGAAAGUCAGCACAGUGGUUCUGCUGGCCAUAUGUGGCCUAUCGCUGUGCAUUAAAUCCAUAUCACACACCGCAUCCUCGUUCGACCUAUUCGCGUCGCUAUCCAUAGAAGCUGUUCCCAUCGAUUCCCCAUACACUCCCUCGUCUUCUCCCCACUCCUCCUCGUCCUCCUCCUCGUCCUCCUCGCCGUCGUCCUCCUCCUCGACUUCUUCGCCGCCCCGCUCACUCGCUUCCGAGGAAAGCGAGGAGGAGAAGGCAGCUGUGCGGAAGGCGCAAAGGGAAGCAGAUUCGAGGGAGUUAGAAAAAUGUCCCGCGAUCCCGGACGUAGAAUAUGGCGACUUGGAGCGGUUCGGUCAACAUUAUCCCAACCCUCUUAAUUACAGCCGAGGAGAAUGCCUGUGCAAACCCGUGCACAAUUUCGUCGUCCUUUCCAUGCAGCGGUCCGGCAGCGGGUGGUUCGAAACGUUCUUAAACUCCCACCCAAACAUUAGUAGCCACGGCGAGAUAUUCAUAGUCAGGCCACGGCGCGAAAACGCGUCGGCAGUCGCGGAGACGCUUGACCGCGUGUACAACCUGGAUUGGUCGAACAGCGCCGCGAAGAACUCGUGCACGAGCGCCGUCGGAUUCAAAUGGAUGCUCAACCAGGGCGCGAUGGAGUUCAGUAGUGACGUGGCAGAGUACUUCAAGAAGCACCACGUGUCAGUCAUCCUGCUUAUCAGGAAGAACGUGCUGCGGCGGCUGAUUUCCAUCCUGGCGAACGCGUACGAUCGCAAGACGCAGCUAGUGGGAGUGCACAAGUCGCACACGCAUAGCAAAGAAGAGGCGGAGAAGCUGGCGACGUUUCGGCCGAACGUGAACGCGAAGCACCUGGAGGGCAACCUGCAGCGCGUGCAGGAGAUGGUGGACGACGCGCUGAGAGCGUUCAAUGGCACCAGACGGAUGCUCGUGUACUACGAGGACGUUGUCAAGAACAAAACGAUCCUAGAGAAUGUGCAGCGCUUCUUAGGAGUGCCAGCACAGGAGCUGACGAGCAAGCAGGUGAAGAUCCACACGCGACCGCUGAGGGAGUCCAUUGAGAACUACGACGCCGUGGCUGCGAAGCUCAAAGGCACCGAGUUUGAGAAAUUCCUAGAGGAUGAGAGCUAUGGCAUCAAGCAACCGGAUCAGUUCAUACCAGUCAAGGCAGUCUACGUGGCAAGAAGUCUGGACGUGAGGGGGCUGGCAGGUCCCAGUGGGUUCGGGGGCAUGCAGCUGCUGCCCGCCAAGAACAAUGUCAUCAUCCGCUUCCCCAACCGCUCCCUGCCUCUUCCCCUCCAUGCAGCACUCUCCAAACCCGGCAUGGAGGCAUGUGUGCCAGCGCCCGAGCACUACAUGGUGGCAUUCCACUACGGCUCCGUGGGCAUGGAAGCGUGUGUACCAGCGCCAGAGCGCUACAUGGUGGCAUUCCACUACGGCUCCGUGGUGUUCUUCAACUUUGACCGCACAGAGGAGGCGCUCGCCCUCGAUAUAGUCACGCAGCACUGCACUGGGGCGUUCAAGGAGGCACACAGCGACGCCCAGGCGGGUCGCAAGGGGUGGAGUGAGGGCGGGCAUGACUGCGUGGCGGUGAGGCAGCUGAGUCGAAAUCUCCUUUUACUGUCUUCCCUGUGUGUUCCCCUCUGCGCUGCCCCCCAUGCUCUCCCAUUCCCACACCACACAGAGUACAGUGUGAUCGCUCGGGCUGGUCUAAAAGGAUGGAGCGAGGGGGGGCAUGACUACGUGGCGGUGCGGCAGCUGGACGUGAACAACAUUCGAGUCAUCUCCAGCAUCCUCGGGCAGAGCGUGGCACUUGAUCACUAUGCACGCAAGGUGGACGAGAUGGUGAACACGUUCAGUGAGCUGAAUCGGGGCAUGGAGCAGAGCGGAACCUUCACCAUGACUCGCAAGAAGCUCUUCCAGCUUGUUGCCGCCGCCAACACCACCCUGGCUGACGUCAUCCUCAGAAUAGGGCUGCUGGAGAGAUCUGACACAGCGUGGCGGCAUGCGGAGUACUCCAAAAUCUGGGAGUUCCUGCGGGACGACUUUGAGCUCGACGAGCGCUUUGAGAGCCUCGACUUCAAGCUCAACAUCAUCCAGUUUCCUGCCGUCCCUGGUUACCACCCGCCCAUUCUUUGGAAACAGCUGCUCUUCUCCCUCCUGCUGCACCGUGAUUUCAGAGCCGCCUCACAAGUCACCUUGUUCUCUGUUCCCCGACUCUCCCAACCUCUCCCUCCUUCCCAUGCAGCCUCGCUUGCUGUCUGCGCCCUUUCCCACCUCCACUCAUUCUCUUCCUCUUCCUCUUCCUCUUCCUCCUCCGCCUCCUCCUCCUCCUCCUCGUUCGCCUGGGCGCCAUUCCUCCACCUGCUGAUUCACCUGAAGGCGGGCCAGCGCCGCGCACUGCCCAUGAUGCACGAGGGGGUGGGCAUGCAGCCGGAGGUGCCCGAGGCAGAAGCACUGAGGCAGCAAUACGAGGGCGAGUACACGGCAUGGCAACAAGCCACUGUCAAGAAGGCACCAGCAUACAAGUCCCGCCGCAAGCCCAAGCCCAGCCCGUCCCAGCACGACCACAAUGCUCAGAACCCCACAGGGAUUGCUGGGAGUGCCGUGACUCAGGAGGAGUUUCUUGGUGCUGUCACCACUGCCCUCGUCUCUGCCAUCCCCCUGCCCUCCGCCGCCCUCCAUGCCACCACCAACCCCUCUGCGACACCCACUCGCGCUGAAAGGCAGUGCAGUGCGAGCGAUUAUUCUGCUGGUGCCCGUACGUGCUCAGGGGAUGAGACGCAGGGAGGAAUGGAGGAGGAUGGGGAGGAGGGAGGGGAGGGGGAUGGGAGGUAUGAGCUGGCGUUUGUGCCUCUCAUGCACCUGCUGGGGCGAGCAGGGAGAGGAUCCGUUGCAGAUAUAGUGCUGGCGGAUGAAGGGGUUGAGACAAAUGGGACGGAGACUGGGAGUGGGCAGAAGGGAGGGGAUGGGAAUGGGGAUGCGGAUGGGGAUGGGGAUGGGGAUGCUGAUGCGGAGGUUGAUGCGCCGAACGUGCAGUGGGAGGUGGUGGGGGGGUCGAUUCGUGUGGUUGCGACGCAGCCCAUUGCCAACGACGCGCCUCUGCUGCUGCCGCUGGAUGGCGGGCUGUCGGGUCAUUUCAGAGAGGCGCAGAAGGCCAGAGAGAGGAGGAUGAAGGCGAGGAGGCAGAGGAGGAGCGAAGAGAAGGACGGGCAGAGGAGAGAGCAGGCCGAGGAAACAGACAAGCAGCAGCAGCAGCAGCAGGGAGAGGGAAAGGAAAAGGAGGAGGAGGAGAUGGAAGAUGCUGGGGAGGAAGGGUACUUAGAGCAGCGUUGGGCAAGGGAAAGCAACAGGUGGCAGGGAGCAGGAGCAGGACAGGUGGGCAAGGAAAAACAACAGUUGCAGCUCCACAAGAGAAAUACAUUGAAGCUUCCCCAGCCAUCACUGAUCCACGCCACACCUCUCUCUAAUACCGAUGCAUUCACCUACUUUGGUGUCGCCCCCAAAUCGCUCUUCCUCGCCCAGUUCCCCCUCUUCGACUCCCCUCUUGCUGUCCUGCAAGCCGCUGCCACGCAAGUGCCGCCUGAUUUUGAUCCUGAUGCAAUCGAAUCCCAGCUCAAGAUUGCAGAGAUCGGCGCGAAGAUUCUCCGGGCGGUGCGGAGGGUGAAGAGGAGGGUGGUUAAGGCGGUGGUGUGGGGGAGCAGGGAGGAGAGGGAGAGGCUUGGAGUGAGGGAGGAGAUUGUGGAGAAAGUGAGAGUGUGGGAGAUGAGGCGGGAGACGAGGGAGAGGAUGGGGUUGGAGAAGACACAGGGAGGAGGAGGGAGCGAGGAGGUGGGUGUGCGAGGAGAAGAAGGGGAGGAGGAAGGUGGGGAAGGGGAGGAUAGGGAGGAUGGGGAGGAGGGGCAGGGAGGGCAAGGGGGGCAGGGAGGGGUGGAUGUGUCAUGGUUGGAAGGGCCGGCGCUGCAUGUGUACUCGCUGGGGCUCAUGGACCCCGAGAUGGUGGCUUACCUCACUGCCUUCACCUACUUCUUCGCCACUAAGGAGGAGCCGCACUACAGCUUCUUUGCUCGAGUGAGCGUGGCCUAUGCGUGGAACCUCGACGGCAAAACCACCUGCACGCACAUGCCCCUCAUCUCCUCCUCCUUCCCCUCAUCCUCCUCAUCAUCCUCCUCCUCCAACCACUCCUCCAACCCCCUCCACAUCUCCCUCGCCGAGUUUCCCCAGCGGGACCACCUGCUCUCCGCCCUCACGCCCGUGCUGAGGCUGGUGGCGAGCACGCUAAGAGAGCUGGUGGAGGCGCACUUAGCUAAGUACCAGGGCUCGGUGCAGGAGGACGCCAUGUCGCUGUAUUACGUGCCCUUCUGCCGCGUGUGGCAGCGUGCUGGAGUGAAGCAGCCCGAAAAGAUUGUCAAGAUCUGCGAGCCGUGGAUGAUGACGGGAUUGGAGGAGGUGGAGCACGUGGUGCAGCGCCACCUCAACCAAAAGCAGCUGCUCGUGGAGGCCUCUGAUUGGCUGCUGCUCUCCUGCGACCCACGCUACGACCUGCACCUGGGGGAAACAAGGAGCUGGGCGGCAGGGGAGGCAGAGGGAGCGGGGGAGGGUGUCGAGGGGGAGGGUGAGGAAGGGAGGGAAGGGAAGGAGGCGAAGGGAGGGGAAGGGGAGGUGGAGCAGAAGAGGGGAGGAGGAGGGGGUGUGGUGGAAGAGGAGGGAGGGGAGGCAGGGGAGGUGGAGGAUGAUGAGGAGAGGAAGCUGAGGGCGUUUAUAAAGUGGGUGCAGCAGAGAGGCAUCAAGGAGUAUGGCACGGAUGAAUCACCUCUCAAGUUUCAUUUCUAUGACCAUCGUGACGUGGCACCCUCCUUGACUAACACCUCAGAUCCCUCUGCUGCCACCAACGCCUCUGCCAAGCCACAUGUCAGGCGGCGGAUGAGCAUGGUGGCGGGGCGGGACGUGCACGAGGGGGAGGUGCUGCUCGCUUCUGAUUCCUGUCAUUGCUGCUAUUCCCAUCAAUCACCCGCUUUGCUUCCCUCUGCCUCUACUGUCUCCUCACGUCACGCUAGGCGGCAGAUGAGCAUGGUGGCAGGGCGGGACGUGCACGAGGGGGAGCUGAUUUCUGAUUUUUGGCGUGCAGGAGGGGGAGCUGAUUUCCAUUAUCUCUCCACCUCUCUGUCUCCUACCAUGUCGUGCCACGCCAGGCGGCAGAUGAGCAUGGUGGCGGGGCGGGACGUGCACGAGGGGGAGGUGCUGCUCACCAUUCCGCAGUCGCUGUGGAUCACAGCAGAGGUCGCAGCAGAGGAGAUGCCGCCCCACACAGGGCCGGUGAACACCCAGGUGGCCAUGGUGGCGUGGCUGCUGCGGGAGAAGGCACGGGGGAGGCAGUCGGAGUGGUGGCCCUACAUUGACAUCCUGCCGCCCUAUGUGCCACUGCCCCACCGCUUCCGUAACGACUCCCUGGACGAGGCUCAGUCCGACCUCCUCAAGCUACUGGUCCACCAACAAAGGGAGGUGGCCCUGAUGGAGUACAAGCAGGUGCGGCCGCCUGCCAUGGCGUUUGCAUCAUUCGACGACUACAUGUGGGCGCACUCCAUCCUCGACUCGCGCGCCUUCUCCGUCCCCAUCAAGGAGCUCUCUGGCCUCGACCUUGAAGUCGCCGCCGCGGGGGAAUCUCAGGACUUGAGAGGCGGGAGUGAGGGGGAUGAGAAGGAGAAGAGGAGGAGGGCGAGGGAGCGGCGGAGGGCGAUGGCGAACGCACCGGGGGAGCUGGUGGAGGCGGUGAACGAGGCGGUGGGGGUGCUGCACGAGUCGCCCCGCCGUGUGGUGCGCGGCGUGGGCAUGGCGCUUAUUACUGCGGCCGAGCUGCUGGACCACCAAAUCAACUCCUCCAUUCAGUACAACAUAACACAUCAAUUUGAGUACAUAGCCAUGGUCAACGUCUCAGCAGGAUCGGAGCUCGCCACAUCGUACGGCCCCAAGACCAACGACCAGCUGCUCGCCACCUACGGCUUCGUUCUCGAUGCCAACCCCUUCGAUGGCGCACCCCUCUUUGAGAACCUGACUGAGGCCGUGGGUGUGGUGGCGGCGCUGCUGGCGAAUGGUGGGCGCGGAGUAGGGGGUAGGAGAGGGGAAGGGAGCGGGAAAGAAGGGGAGGGUGACGGUGGUGUGGUGGUUGGCGUGCUAGCAAGUGAAGGGGCGAGGGAGUUGGAGGAGAUUGGGGGAGAAGGGGAGAGGAAAAGGGAGAGUGAGGUGUAUUCGGGGGAGGUGUAUCCGGGGGAGGUGGAGCUGAAGAGGGCUCUGGAGGAGAUCUGGCUGACUGAAGAGCCGCCGGCUGCACAGGCAGCUGACGGUGCUGAUGGCAAGGCUCUAUACCGCGAUCUGCUGAGGGUGGCAGCAAAAGCAGUAGCAGCGGUGGUGGCGGAGGGAGAGGAUGGGAACUACACUGACGUGCUCAAAAUGCCCCAGUAUAACCUCAAGCAGCGCGUGAACGAGGCCGCGUGGAAGCGAGUGGGCAGGCGCAGCAAGGGGGAGAGGAGGAGGACGGGAGCCUCUGGGAGCGGCGGCGGUGGUGGUGCUUCUGGUGUUGCUGGUUCUGACGGUGGGCGUGGGGGUGAUGGUGUGGAGGGAGAGAGUGGGGACGAUGGGGAGGAUGAAGAGGUAGAGGGGAGGAAGAAAGAUGAGAAGGAGAGGAUGGCUGAAGAGCAGGAGGUGGCGGUGUGGGCGUAUGGGGUAGUGGAGCCCACUCUCCUGGCGUCACUAGCAGCCAUGUGGCACGUCGUGCACUACGAGCAAGGUGCGUACGUGGGCCUACGCACCCAGCUGGCGUCACUAGCAGCUAUGUGGCGCAUCAUGCACUGCGAGCAAGGUGUGGGCAUGCCUGGUCAAGAGUGCUGGCCCCUGUGCUGUACGGUUGGGGCGUCUCUUCCAACAACAGGACCUGCCUGCACUCCCUGCCACGCAGCUCGCCUUUGUCCUUCCUUCCCCCUUCCUCUCCUCCCCCUUUCCCCACCAGAGCCCAACUAUGCUCAGCUGGUGCUUGAGCCCAACUAUUCUCAGCUGACGCUGGGCUGUGUGCUGUACGGUUGGGGCGUUUCUUCCAACAACAGGACCUCCUGGCACCUCCUGCCUAUCAAUCUGCCUUUUCCCAUCCCUCCCAUGCCCCCCUCCCUUUUUUCCCCACCAGAGCCCAACUAUGCUCAGCUGGCGCUGGGCUGUGUGCUGUACGGUUGGGGCGUCUCUUCCAACAACAGGACCUGCCUGCACCUCCUGCCAAACUACUCCACCCUUAUGCCUGCUGUGGUCGCCGCGGCCGACACCAUUCAUCUUCUAGCAGAGUACCGUCUGGCUCGGUACCCCACCACCAUGGAAGAGGACAACACUGUGCUUCGGAAGCUGCAGUCCUGCCAAGCCUGGGGCAAAGGCUUGGCGGGAGGCUCGGCAGGAGAAGGAACAGCAGGGACGGGAUUAUCCGGGGAGGGUUCGAAAUCCGGAAAGGAGGAGAGGGAGAACAGGGAGGAUCGGAAGGUCGAGGAAAAGGGCAAGGGGGGAACGGAGGACAAAGUAGAGGACAGAGAAGAGGGCAAAGAGGCGAGGGGAAAGGAGGAGUUUCAUGCGUGGUGUGUGCCUAUCUUACCAGUGGUGGAGGAGCGGAUGGUGCUGGUGAGGUACCGCCGGCACAAGAAGAAAGUGUUGCAAUCCGUGGCAUCCCGCCUCCACCGCACCUGCGUGCUCCCCUCCCUCACUGCUGCUCGUGCUGCUCCCCCCGGUGCUGGUCACGGUGCUGGUGGCUCGGACCGCACUGAUUCGCCUGAAGCUGAUCCAGCCGAAGCUGUGGUUGGGGAGAUUGCGUAG